AUGUUGUGUGGUCAACACCCAGCGUCAGCAGUGUCGCCAUCGCCGCACCAGAUCGCCUGGUACUGGGACUACGACACGCUCAAGACCCCGUCCCAGCGUUGGGUUCAGAAUUACUUCAAAACAGUGCUGCCGAACCUGGUUGCCGGGGUUCGGAGUCGGUGGACGGAGUUGAGGAAACGGGCCGGGAUCGAGUCCACGUUGCCCGUGUUUGGGUCCGUGGCUGUGGCCCUGGCCGGGAUCGCGGGCCUGGGACUCUAUGCCUACAGGAGUCGCACGAUCGUCGAAACUGCCCGAAGAACCAGAAGUGCUGCCGAACCUGGUUGCCGGGGUUCGGAGUCGGUGGACGGAGUUGAGGAAACGGGCCGGGAUCGUCAGGUGCAACGGGCACAAACCCAGGCACCGACACCGGGACCGGCCCUAGCGCCCGGACCCUGA